AAGUGUUAAUUAACAUCCAUUUGAACACAGGAAAUGUCAUUAGAAAAUGUCAUUUAAAAAACAGAUAAUUUAUUUUGCAUAAAUACUGAAACUUAUGCCUUGUGUAUCAGUCGUGAAUUGGUUGAUAUCUUGCUUUAUUGAAGGGCUGUUUUAUUUUGGAUAGGAGAGUUAACAUAGUGACUGAAGAACAAUGGGAAAAUUUACGAUCACUUUUUUGCUGUUCUUCUUGGUAUUCCUGUUUUUGAAAACAUCUUCCUCUAAGUCGACGAAAGGGGUUCAAAGGAAGGAAACAAACAAACAUGAAUCUACGAAGACGUUUAAACGUCCGUCGCAUGGGAAAGGCAAGGGAAUAGUUAGAUGUAAUGAUCGUAGUGAGUGUCCAGAUGGGUAUGCAUGCUUACUUCCUGGAUUUGGACACGCUAACAGUAAAUCGAAUAAGAGAUGCUAUGAGUGUGGUUGUAUGACGUAUAGCCAAUGCUAUUUUCACCAUAGAAACAUGUUCUGCAAUUGCUCUGGGUCUGGAUUUACUGGGGAGUUUUGCGAAACAAAUAUAGAUGAUUGCAUACCUAUACCGUGUAAUAACAAUGGUACCUGCAUCGAUCAAGUGAAUGGAUACAUCUGUCAAUGUUUACCAGGGUACACAGGAGAUCAUUGUGAAAAUGAUAUAGACGAUUGCAUACCUAUACCGUGUAAUAACAAUAGUACCUGCAUCGAUCAAGUGAAUGGGUACAUCUGCCAAUGUAGUCCAGGGUACACAGGAGAUCAUUGUGAAAAUGUAAUUGAUAGAUGCAACCCCUCCCCUUGCGGCGAUAAAGAAGAUUGUAUUAAUGUAGAUGAUGGUUAUAAGUGUACCUGUGGCGGAGAUGACUCAACAAAUAUUACUGAUCUUAUGGCUACAAGUACACCUACUACGAUUUGCUCACCGGGAUAUAAUACUAGUGGCUACGAUUAUGACCUUAACAUACAGUGGAAAAUAGCUGCAUCUGCUGGACAAACGAUUGAGGUGUUCUUCUGGGACUUCGACGUUGAAAAAGAUUAUGAUUAUGUGUUUGUACAGGACGACGGACUACAAACUUGUCUUGGUAUAUUGACGGGAGAACAUUACCAAAUAAUUAUGCCGCAGACACUCGUGUCCUCAACCAAUGAGCUUUCAGUAACCUUCCAGACUGAUGAAAUCUAUUCUUAUAAUGGAUUCUGCUUCAACUUUAGUUUGGAGUAGACGCGAAUAUGUAUAAUUGCAUAUAAUUAUACAUAAUAUUUAUUUCUCUCUCUCUUAGCGUUUCGUGUAUAUCUUAUUUAUAGAUGGAUCAAGAAUUAUGACUAUAUAUUGAUUUAUAAUUUUAGUCACACUAAACACAAUUUCAGAAAUUAUGAAAAUGUAUCAUUCAAAAUGUAUAGCUCAACUGUCUUCAAUACCAUACAGGUGAAUGCUAAGCCUAUUGAUAUAGGAUAUGUAUUGGUUAAGAGAAUUCUGUCAGAGAUGAAGAAAUAAAAAUUUCACAAAAGUUUUAAC